UGGGAAGUUUGAAACAGUCAGAAACAGAGAGACAUAAUUAACAAACAUAAAUCACACUAGUGUAAUUUGUAUACUAUAGACUAAGACUUGGGAGCCAUGAAUAGAUCUGUGAUUUAAUAUUUCACUGAAUCAUUAUAUGUAACGCUUGUAAAUAAAUUAUACUCGUAGUCAUGAUUUUCAUCAAAACAGUUUAAUAUGUGGAUAUUGAUUAAUGAUUAGUUACUUUGUAUCAAAAAAUAUAUUGUCAUUAAUAAGAAACAAAUAAAUACAAUUAAUUAUUAUUGUUAAACUAAAUAAGGAAGAAUAUACUUCCCCAUUGAGCAUGUAAAACUGAAGGAAAUAAACUAUUUUCACUAGGAAACAAAAAAACUGAUAAAUAAAUGUAGAUAUGCAUGGCCAUCUGAUUAAAUUGCAAUUACGUGGAAAAGAUUAUCCAGCUCAAACAAAAGUCUACGGUUUCCCAAAACGUUCGAAAUCGUUAUAACUGGGUCUUAUUUUGUUAACGUGAAAAAUAUAUAAAAGGGACGAUUCAUGAUCUCCACCAUCACCAUCCACCAAAGUUAUGCGGGAUUUAAGCUCCGUUUACAAAAAAAAACAGAGUUCUAAAAAUAAAUAAGAACCCUAAUUUUCCACCACAAAUCUUUGGAGGUUAGUUUUCUUGAUAUACACGUCUCUUCUUUUGUUCAAAUGCUUUUAUUCAUCUCCUUUUCACCUCAAGGUCAUUUGGUCAAUUAUUGAAUAAUGGCAACGAGCUCUGGUACAACGAAAACCAGACCGGACAACCCAAACCUAACCAGAUCAAGAUCUCUUGGCAGAAAGCCAAAGCCUGCACCAUCAUCAGACGCAGAUGGAUCUGACAAGAAGACAGCUGAGAAGCCUGUGCCCAAUUAUCUCAAACCCACAAUCAGCUCCAGACCAGACCCGGUCAAGUUCUUGAAGAAGAACAGCGCUGUCGAAGACAAGCUUCUUCGUAGACGUUCCUUUGAUCGUCCUCCUUCUUCAUUGACUUCAUCAAUUUCGUCAUCCCAUAAUAAAUCCCUCAACACCUCUCCUGCACGCUCACGUGACAGACCCGUGGUUCCAAGAGAGAAGCCUGCCACUGGUCUGCGUUCUUCAUCAUUCCAUGGAAGCAGCAGCAGAGGCGGUCUCAGAGGAAGCAGUACCCUGAAGUCAGCUCCUGUGGCUUCGAGAGGAUCUCCAGGGGUGAAGAAGAGCGGUCUGAGUGGUGGUAGUUCUUCCAAGAGCAAAAAGGAAGGUUCUGAGAAGGUUCCAAAAAAACCUUUGGGUAAAAAAGAGAUUGCCCCGGAAUCUUCUUCUCCUCCUGCGCCUGAUCAUAAGGAUGAGGAGGAGAUUGUCAAAGUUGAGACUGAUGAACAAGUUUCUGAACCGAAAGAAGAAGAUAAAGAUCAGGUUACACAGCUUGAGGAAUCUGGUGAAGAGAAAGAGACCGAUCCAGUGGAUGCCUCCAAAGAUGAAGUUAAAGAUGAGGCUGUACAGCCUGAGGACUCCGGUGAAGAGAAAGAGACCGGUCCAGUGGAUGCCUCCAAAGAAGAAGAGAAAGAAGAGCUGAUCAACGAGAAUGCAACAGAAGAGCAAACAGAGGAGCAGAAAGAACCAGAGAACACCGAAGAAGACAACAAUAAAGACAAGGAAGAAGUUGAAAAUCACGAGGAGAAUAUUGAAACAGCUGUUACUCCAGAUAUGAAAGAAGCUGAGAAUGUCGAAGAAAGCAAGGAAGAGAAAGACGCAGAAGUUAAAGAAGAGGAGAGUGAAGACAGCAAAGUUGAAGAAGCAACAACAGAAACAACAGAGGAUCAAGCAGAGGAAGGAACAAAGAAGGAAGUGGUGCAAGGAAAGAAGGAAUCUCCAUCAGCCUACAACGACGUAAUAGCAAGUAAGAUGCAAGAGAAUAAAAGGAAGAACAAGGUCUUGGCUCUCGCUGGAGCUUUUCAGACAGUUAUCGACUAUGAAACUGCUGCAUCUAAGUGAUAUACAUCUCUGCCUUAUUAUAUCACAUAAGAACUGCGUCAAGUGUUUUUUUAUUGUUUCCAUUGUUAAUUUUGUUUCUUGUUUUGGUUAAGCAUCAACAUAUCAAUGCUUCAUAUGAACUAGUCAUCUGCUUCUUUUCUUUACUCUAUAUGCAAAAACUUAACAUUCAAAA